CUUAAAUUGUGUCAUAAAUAGGUUGCGAACCCUUCGUUAACGGAUACGUGUGUGCUACUGUUUGCGCAUUAAUUGAUCCAGAAAAUAAACUUAAACAGCUUGUCGGAGUGGAGCGAUUGGGAAAAACAGUAACAUGUGAAGAAAAUAAGGCUGCAAAACAGAGAAAGUAUGGCCAUGCUCUACAAGCUGUGAAUACCAGUGCAAGUGUUUAACAACAAACAGGGACAAUUUUAUUUAAACCACUCACCCACUAAAGAUAAGGAGGAAAGGACCGGUUUACCAACGGCGACCAAUACAAAAGAAAAAAUGAACCAGAACGUAUAAAUGCAAAUACAAGAUGAUCACUUUGGUUAUAUAUUUACAGAUUUUGACUAUAGCAACCGCUUCGAGCCCCCAUUACAAAAGCCUCAGUGAAAAUACCAGCUCAUCUGAAAGUUCGGUAACACACAAACCGAUUCUGACUGGGAUAGCUGUGAAUCAAACGAUCGCACUGACUUGUUACAUUUAUGGAGGUUCGGCCGGCUCAGUUGGCUGGUACAGGAACAAAGGUCGAAAGGUUAUUUCCAUUGGUUAUGUCAACAACAGCUGUGAAACAAGUCCUCCUGAGCUGCCGUUUUCAGCGAAGUGUCUAUGUUUGAAUAUAACCGUGUAUAGUUGUACGCUGACAGUGGAUCCGUCAAUGCAUAACGGGGACGAAUGGGAAUGCUCGAUUGCAGAUAAUGGGUUAUCUAUCAAAAGCAACGGAAUAAGGAUAGGAGGAUCCAACGUUAGCCGGACUGAAACAGGGAAGGAAGGUCAUAAACAAGAAGAAGAAGGCCAUGAACUAGAAAAAGAAAAGAAUUAUAGCAUUGGUUGUUGGCUGGGAGGGUUCUUUGUAAUGCUGCUCUCUGGAAUCGCGAUUAGAAUUGCGAUCAUUUGCUUCAUCUUGAAGAAAGAUUACUGCAAUUUACGAAGACGUUUAUUGAAUGAUAAUGAAACAGAUCAUGUUCCUAAGGAUGAUGGCAUUCCAGCUGAUAAACAAGGAUUAAUGGAAAAACAUGACAAUGAAAUUCCAGAAACCAAUGAUGCAGCUUUAGAGAAUGGUGGGACCCAUGCAUACGACACAGGAGAGACAGGACGUUUGACAAGCUUAGUGGAAUAUUUGCAGAACUGUUUCCAACAUAAACCAGUGAGCCGUGAAGCAGAUGAAGCAUCCAAGGCCUUCACUGAGCUUUGCCAACUCCACAAUGAGGAUGAGGACAAUAUGCAGGACGUGUAGGCCACACAGCUCAGUGAAGGCCAUGACUUCAUAUACCCAACACACAUGCCUUAUUGUUCAUGCUUUGAUUGAUCUUGUAGUUAGUUUGUAUUCAUUCCAAAUUGUAUAUUGACAUUAUGAAUUUAACCCUAAGCAGAAUUUAA